AUGACAGGGAAGCCAGAGCUCCUGAUGCCAAGCACCAAGCAUAUGGGUCACAUGACCUUACUGUUAGAUCUGCGCGUGUUUGCGUACGAGAACUUUUUGGAGUUUAUUGUCUGGACAGUGCGGGAGCAAGAUGCAUCCCGCCCCACGUGGAGUUACUACGGCAACUGGAUCGAAAUGAAAAAUCGAUCCAAAGUAUUCCUGAUAUUGUUUUAA